GAGCUCUCUUAUCUCUUUCUGUUAUCUAUAAAAAUAAAAUAAAAAAACAGAGGUAUUUCUCUCUCUCUCUCCAAAUGCUUGUAAAUGUCCAUGUUUUUGGUUAAUUCUAACUAUUAUGAAAACUAUAUAUAAGUUCCAACUGAUAUGUAAAAAAAAAAAGUGAGCGGGCCUUGUGGUCCAGUGGUAGUGGAUGGAAUUUGGAUGUAAACACAUUCCGGGUUCGAUUCUCCUGCUGUAGAAACUAAGUCACAUUGUGCUGCUCACUACGGCUGCGGAUAUGUCCGUAUGAAAACCCGGGAGAGGGCCUGUUGUGGAUUGCACCUCCCACUCGGAGGUUAGAUACAACAAUGGCAGCCGCAACAAUGUCUUGGGACGACGGGAAGCACAUGAGGGUGAAGAGAGUUCAGCUUACAUAUGAAGAUGUUAUCAAGUCCAUUGAGGCCGUGUAUGACGAUGACCAAAAUCCUAAGCGUCAUGGCACUCCUGGCAAAAAAUCUGACGGCGUGAGCCUGAGUCCUGACGAGUACAUAACAGAUGUUACUGGCUACUACAAAACUACGGGGAACGAAGAUGCUAUAGCAGCGUUGGCUUUUAGGACCAACAAAACCGAAUAUGGUCCUUUCGGAAACAAGACCGGGAACCAGUUCUCCAUCCAGGCACCCAAAGAUAACCAGGUCGCUGGUUUUCAAGGCACUAGCAGCAAUGUUCUCAACUCCAUUGACGUCCACUUUGCUCCCAUACCGUCGGCUUCUGCUGGUGGCCAACCAGCUGGAUCAGCUUCCAGUGCCAAAAAACUAGAGGCAAAAGGUGGUAACGCGGGAAACCCAUGGGACGAUGGUGCUCAUGAUGGUGUUAAGAAAGUGUACGUUGGUCAAGGCGAAUCUGGUGUAACGUACGUCAAGUUUGUCUACGAGAAGGACUCUAAGGAGGUCCCUGGAAAUGAUCAUGGAAAAAAGACACUACUCGCACCUGAAGAGUUCGUGCUUGAUCCAAACGAAUACAUCACUGCGGUGGAGAUUAACUACGACAACAUAUUUGGAACUGAAUCCGAGAUCAUAACGAUGCUUAAGUUCAUGACAAACAAGCGAACCUCUCCACCUUUUGGACUUGAAGGUGCUAAAAGUGUCCUACUUAAAGAAGACGGUCACAAGGUCGUUGGUUUCCAUGGCAAAGCAGGUGCUGACAUACUUCACCAAGUUGGAGUCCAUGUCAAGCCUAUCUCCAAGUGAGUUGAUAAUGUCUUCUACUACGUCCCAGUGUAACAAAGAUAGUCAUAUGUCAAUAAAGAAGGCUCUACUUUAGAAAUUGUCAUUGUACGUGUAAACGGUAAGCGAAAGGAUUGAAUAAGGUAUUUCCACGUACUGUGUGCUUGUGUGUCAGUGUCUCCUUGUGUUGUAGUGGAGUUUGUAACACUCUUUGUAAGAUGUAUAAAAUCUUGGCUACGUUGUAAUGUGCUUACGA